AUGCGGGAGGAACGCGUGUCGGGAGCGCUGGAGAUGCCCCUUGCAAGGAGAGGAAUGGAGCCCCUCUUCCAUGAGCAGCCCGAGACUGGGAACCAGUAUCUGGAAGAUGCUCUGCUACGGAAUUACCUGCAAGCACACCUUCCUGCCAAGGUACUGCAGGAGGUGGAACGGGACCUGGAGAGAUUCGGGAACCGCCUGCUCACGCAGAUCAGAGCCUUGGGCUGGGAAUGCGAGCUGAAGCCGCCGGUGCUCCGGCAGUAUGAUGCCUGGGGACGGCGUGUGGAUCACAUCGCCACCUGCUCUGCCUGGAGGAGGAUGAAGGAGAUUGCAGCAGAAGAGGGGCUGGUGGCUGAGGCCUAUGAGAGAAGAUACUCCAACUGGAGCCGCCUGCAUCAGGCUGUCAAACUCUACUUGUUCUCAAGCUCCUCUGGAGGAUUCAACUGUCCACUGGCCAUGACAGAUGGGGCAGCCAAAGUCAUUGAGUCACUGGGUAUUCCUGGAUCUCUGAAAGAGGCUUUUGGCCAUCUGACAUCCCGCGACCCCAAGAAGUUCUGGACCUCUGGCCAGUGGAUGACGGAGCGCAGGGGAGGCUCUGAUGUUGCUAACGGCACGGAGACAGUGGCCAGGAAGCAGCCAGAUGGAACAUAUCGUCUCUAUGGUUUCAAAUGGUUCACAUCUGCAGCUGAUUCUGACGUGACACUUACCCUGGCCAGGGUAGUGGAUGCUGAAGGCCAGGUAAAGCAGUCCUGUUUGAUGGGUUCCGGUGGCCUGUCCCUGUUCUUCCUCAAGGUUCGAGAUGAGGAGGGGAAGCUCAACAACAUCCAAGUGCAAAGGCUGAAAGACAAGUUGGGCACGCGGCAGAUGGCAACGGCAGAGCUGUGGCUGGAUGGAGCUAAAGCAGAGCUAAUCUCUGCAGAGGGUCGAGGAGUGGCCUCCAUCUCCAACAUGCUGAACAUAACUCGGAUCCACAACGUCAUUGGUGCAGUAGCUUCCAUGAGAAGGAUGCUCAGUCUGAGCAGGGAGUACGCCCACAGGAGGGUUGCCUUUGGGAAGCUCCUCAAGGACCAUCCUCUACACAUGCAGACACUAGCGCGGAUGGAGGUGCAGACACGAGGGGCAUUCCUGCUCCUUAUGGACAUCGUUCGUCUGCUUGGACUCACAGAAACCAACAUGGCAAGUGAGCAAGACCGGCUUCUCCUGAGAGUGCUGGUACCAGCUGCCAAACUGUACACUGGGAAGCAGGCUUCUGCUGUGGUUAUUGAGGCAAUGGAGAGUUUUGGAGGACAAGGUUACAUGGAGGAUACAGGCUUGCCAGUCAUUGUCCGUGAUGCUCUGGUGCUGUCCAUAUGGGAGGGAACAACCAACAUCCUGUCCCUGGAUGUGCUGCGAUCCCUCAGCAAGAGCCAAGGGCAGGCGAUGGCCGCGUUCCUCUCCUCAGUGCAGAGAAAACUGGAUCUGGCUUCGAGCACCGGGGGCCUGGAGCCCGCUGUGGGGCAGACACGGGCUGCACUGGGGAGACUGGAGCAGUUCCUGCGAGCAGCUGGUCCCAAGGGGCCACUGACGAUGGAGCUGGCAGCAAGAGACUUCUCCUACACCCUGGCAAGGAUCUACACAGGAGCUCUUCUGAUUGAACACGCAGCUCGGCCUGGUGCUUCCUGCACAGACAUCGCUGCUGCUCGAAGGUGGUGCAGUCAGGAGCUGUGUCCCGUGGCCGUGGAGCUGGACAAUGGCAGCUAUGAGGCGGAUGCAGCGCUGGUGGAUGCGGUGCUGGUGGACGAGGGCAGCCCUGCCUGCAGCAGCCGGCCCUGA